UGAGCCUUCCCAAAAUUCAACCCGGCGCAUUUUAUCAAACACCAGUUUCAUCGCCCCUUCCUCCUCCAACUUUGGCGGCGGAGCUCUCUAGUUUCCACCACGACCCUCUCAAAUAUAUCUCCCCAAAACACAAUCAUGUCCAUUACUAUUAGUAGUAUUACUCUCUCUCCACCCCCACUUUCUCUCUCUACCCACCUCUACUCCCAUGCGUCCCGUUGCACCAACCUCCAUCCUCCGAUGGCUAUUCUGCGCCACCUGAACCUCCGCCACCACCGCCGCCGCCUCACCUCCUUCGCCGCCGCCGCUCUCCGCCAAGACACCACCGUCUGGACCCCGGCACCUCUCGCUGAGGUCCAACCUGCCGCCGACUCCCUCUUCCACAUCACCAUCGACGUCUCCGAUUCCCCUGAUCUCGUUUCCUCCCACACGCGUGCGGGACAGUACCUACAGCUACGGCUGCCGGACGCCGCGAAGCCGUCCUUCCUUGCCAUAGCGUCUCCGCCGUCGCUGGCGGCGGCGAGAGGCGCGUUCGAGUUCUUGGUAAAGAGUGUGGCGGGUUCUACGGUGGAGCUUCUCUGUGGGCUCCAGAAAGGGGACGUUGUUGAGUUGAGUCCAGUCAUGGGCAAAGGAUUCGAUGUCGAUCAAAUAUCGCCGCCUCAGGAUUAUCAAACCGUUCUGAUUUUCGCCACUGGAUCUGGGAUUAGCCCAAUCCGGUCCUUGAUUGAAUCAGGAUUCAGCGCCAAUAAGAGAUCCGAUGUUAGGCUCUAUUAUGGAGCUAGAAACCUUCAAAGAAUGGCUUAUCAGGAUAGGUUCAAAGAUUGGGAAUCUUCGGGUGUAAAAAUUGUCCCAGUAUUAUCACAACCUGACAGUAAUUGGACAGGUGAACAUGGUUAUGUACAGGCUGCUUUUGCCAGAGCCAAAAAAAUUUAUAGCCCCCAGGCCACAGGUGCAGUCCUUUGCGGACAGAAACAGAUGACUGAGGAAGUUACUUCUGUUCUAGUAGCUGAUGGAGUCUCAAAUGAGAAGAUAUUAAAGAACUUCUGACAUCAAUCAGUUGGAGAGGUUCAUACUGUUGUAUUAUUAUUUGAUGAGAAGCUGUUGUCCAUUCAUUCAUUCCAUACUGCUGGGUGUAAAUUAUCUCAGUCAAGAUUAACAAAAUAAAACCAAUUUUGCCUUU